CGCGAGCGCGCCUGUUUCCGGCGGACGUCACGUGGUGCUGCAGCCUUUGGGCGCCAUCGCCAUGAGGCGGCCAAAAUUAAAAAAGGCCAGCAAGCGCCUCUCGUGUCACAAGCGCUUCAAGAUCCAAAAGAAGGUUCGUGAACACAAACGGAAAGUACGAAAGGAAGCAAAGAAGCAUGGAAAUAAAAGCAAAAAUUUGCGAAAAGACCCUGGUGUUCCAAAUGAUGCUCCGUUUAAAGAAGACAUUCUUCGCGAAGCUGAAAAAAGGAAACAAGAUCGGGAGGAGUUGAAGGAGAAACAAAAGCUUGCCAGACAGAAAGAAGUUGCAAAGAAAAGGAAACUGGAUGCCAAGAAGGGAAAUUCUGAAACAAUUGAAAAACCUCUAAAGCCUGCAUCUGUAAGUGAAAAGAAAAAGCCAGUCAAGUUUGAAGAGAAAAGUACAUCUCUAUGCAGAGAGCUGUACAAGGUGAUUGAUGCUUCAGAUGUGGUUCUAGAAGUGGUUGAUGCCAGAGAUCCUCUUGGUUCCAGAUGUCCUCAGGUGGAGCAGGCAAUCUUGCAGUCUGUGGGAAAGAAGCAACUAGUUCUUGUAAUAAACAAAAUUGAUUUGGUGCCAAAGGAGAACACAGAGAAAUGGCUGAAAUAUUUGGGAAAUGAGUUUCCUACUGUAGCUUUCAAAUCGUCCACACAGCUGAAAGACAGGACAAUGGCACUGAAUAAAAAAUUGAGGAAUGCUGUGGAGAUAUCCCGUAGCAAUACCAGUGCAGGGGAUGAAACGCUUUUAAAAUUGCUUGGGAGCUACUGCAGAAAUCAAAAUUUGAAAAGCAUUAAUGUUGGUGUUCUCGGCUUUACAAAUGUAGGGAAAAGCAGUAUAAUUAACAGCUUGAAGAAAAUGAGAGCUUGCAACGUGGGACAAUUAAAAGGACUUACAAAAACUAUGCAGGAGGUACACAUCAACAAGCAGAUCAAAUUAUUGGACUGUCCAAGCAUUAUUCCUUCACCGUCAAACUCUCUCGUUUCUUUGGCCUUGAGAAACGUUGUGGAUAUUCAGGCACUUGAAAAUCCUACUGCCAUAGUCGAACUCAUCGUGAAAAACUGCAAUAAACAGCAGCUCAUGUUGCAGUAUAAUAUCCCAGAUUUUCGAACACCACUGGAGUUUUUUAUGUUGCUGGCUCAGAAAAGGAGAUUGUUGAAAAAAGGAGGGAUGCCUAAUCUUGAGAGUGCAGCAAAAAUUAUCCUUUGCGAUUGGACGGGGGCGAAGAUUAGUUAUUAUACACAUCCGCCUGAGAAAGAUAUCACCGAAAAACUUGUGGAUGGAGCAAAAAGAGGCUUUAAUAUUGCAGAACUAAUAAAAGGAAAUGUGACUACAUUGAAAGUCGUUAAAUGUCCUAAUGUGGCCAGCAGCAUAGUAUUCCAAUCUAUGGGACCAACACAUGGGCUGCUUCCAGAAGGAAACACUGAGAAAUUGCUGGAUAUAGAAGAGGGAGAAGAGAAUGAUGAAGAUUUGGAGGCAGAAUAUGUUGAAGUAGAUGAGAGUACAAUUGAACGGUUAAAAACAAACAGAUGUUCAGCAGACAACCAGUUGCAAGGAAAAGAUAAAGAAAUGCCCUGCAAGAAAAAGCAACACGAUUCAGAGAAAAGCGAUCUCCCAAGUCAAAAACAUAUAAAUAUCGAUCUCUCCUGUGAAAGACCAAUGGAUGAUGCGUAUGAUUUCAACACUGAUUAUGUUUGAGGAUCCACCAAGGUGCACAGCUAGAACAUUUGGACUACACAAUAUAUUGCAUUUAUUAGUGAACCAAUUAUUUUCAAUGUUUGAAAAGUAAGUAUUUUAAUAUUAAAUAUGAAACAUUAAAUAAUUUAAUGCUA